GAUCGGCUUUACUUCUCUCUUUCUCAAUUAAGCCAGAAGGGCAGCUUUAGGGUUGCUUCCAAUUCAAAAUUCCCCCCUUUCCCAACUCAUCUAAAUUCCCCCUCUCUCUCUACACUUGGAGAGGGAAAACCCUCACAUUUUGAUCAUCAAACCCAUUCGAAGAAGAAUCCCCCUAGGAAUGAAAUGGGGGCAAUGGAGGCCGAAGAUAUUGAAGCGGUUCUCGAGAGGGUAUGGGACUUGCACGAUAAGAUCAGUGAUGCCAUCCAUUUCAUCUCCAAAACCCACUUGUUAAAUUCCAUCUCUAAACCACCACCUAUCAACACAGAGGAAGACGCUUUUUCCCCUGAAAAAACCCUAAAAAAUGAAGAACAGAACAACAAAUUCACCAAUGGCUUUGUGUUCAUGAAGAAGGAGAAUCAAGCCUUUGAUACUGAUGGACUUGUCGCAGAGGCGAGAAGUUUAAAUGCAAUCAGGACUGCUCUCGAAGACCUUGAAGAUCAGCUCGAAUUCUUCCAUACUGUGCAGUCACAGCAAAGGGCAGAAAGAGAUGUGGCUAUGGCAAGGCUGGAACAAAGUCGCAUGGUUCUGGCCAUGAGGCUGGCUGAUCAUCGGGGCAAGAAAUAUGGAGUGAUUGAGGAAGCCCUAGCUUUUGUUGGUGAUGUGGAAGCAGUGGAGCGCUCUGUUGCACCCGAGAAUCUAUAUGAAAUGCCACCAUUACAAAGUGGAGAACAUUUUCAAGAUGAAGAGAAGAGCUCUAGUGCCCUCUCGAAGAUGCUUAAUGUUGCCAAAAACUCCGUGAAGUUGGAUAGGGUUGUUGGGUUUUUUGGAAAUGUUGCACUUAUAGUCAUAGGAAUGCACGUGCUAUUGCAGCUUCGCCCUGUUGCCUUUAGAACUGGGACCACUUCUAGAAGUUCACAGUUCGAUGAGGAUUCCGGUUUUGCAAGGGGGAUCAGGGAUCUGCGUGAGGUGGAUGAUUCUUUUGAGAUGAAAGGUGGGAGCAAACGAAAUGACCUUUCAAAAGAUGGCCGGGUUAAAGGUUUGGACGUGUUGUUGGCAAGGGGCUGAUAGUUCGGUUUAUAAGCUGGGCAUAUUUGUGGCAGCCUGUACUUAUGAAAUCCAUUUGUUGAUAUUUGAUAACCAUUCCUUUUUUCUCUUUGGAAUCUUGUAUUAGAACAUCUAAUGAUGAGCAAUUUUCCAAUGCCAGAUGCACAGAUGCUUCACAAAUCAGUGACAUGCAAAGAUGAAAAAUUUGGAAAUCAAGGGUAUGAUUAGGACUGGAGAGGCUUACCCUGUCACUAUGAUAAGUCUCACUAGGCCUGCAUGCUGUUUGCCCAAAUAUAGAAACACGAAGUGCUGAGUUCUGCGUUAUUCUGCUUCUGGUUUAAACCCCACAACCAAGAAACUAUAGAAUUUGUCAGCAUCAAUUGAUUUUUCCCCUGGUGUUCUCGAA